GUUUUCCGCUUAAUGUUUCCUCAAGGCUACUUUUACAUUCUAUCACGAAAACACGGAUUUGCACUCGACGUUUACGACGGGCAGACGAAAGAAGAUGCAAACAUCAUCGUGUGGCCACAAAAAUUCCAAGAUAGCGAUAAUCAAUUGUGGAAGUAUGAAAAUGGGCAGCUUAUAAACAAGAAAUCCGGACACGCCUUGGAUAUUCGUUCAAGUGCUUUUAAGAAGGAUAAAGUGAUUGUACAAAACAAGAGAAAACCGAAUCAUCACCCCCAAGAAUGGAUUUUCGACAAUGGCUUUAUUUGCUCCCAGGCUUAUCCAACUAUGGUGUUCGACAUCAAGGGUGACAGUGAAAAAGGCGGUGCUCAAGUAUUACUAUACAAGCGCAAAGAAAGCGAUAACAUGAAUCAGCUGUGGUAUUUCGAACCGUAUCAACAUUUCGAAGGUGCAUUGAACUUGGCGACCACAUCCAUUUCAUUACACAAAAAAGCGGACUUUGGUCAACCACGUUUAGGCUACGGGGCUGAAGUGGGGGUGCCACCUCAGCUGAAGAAACUGCCUGACAAUUGUAAAGUGGCUGGUGUAGGAGGUGAACCCACGCCUACACCUUCCGCCAACACCGCAAAUGAAAAUCAUCCAAACGUUCAAAAUUCUCAGCUGCCAGAAAAUGUGGCUACCUUGUACUCUGGCACGCCAACCCAGUCGGGCCCACAGCCUUUCGCACAGCAUCCACCGCAAGUGUCUUCGCCUUCGACGUCGUCUCCGUCACCGUAUCCUUAUGCUUCGCAAUCACCCACGUACAAUACACCGAGCGGCUACCCCCCUGCCCCCGUGCCUGCACCACCCGUUGCAUCGCAUCCCGGCUAUUCGCCUCAGCAGCCUCAGCCUCAGCCACCGCAACCAGCAUCCCCUCAUGUAGGUGGCUUUUAUCGUCCUCCGGCUCCUCAAGAUUAUCCAGCUCCAUCAGGCCAUAUGCCUAUGCCCGGAGCUAAUCCACCCGAAGGCUAUGGAGGAGGCUAUCCACCGCCUGGUCCACCUCCUCUCCCGGCCCGAGAUCAAGAUCAAGGAGGUUACGGCGCUUACCCACCACCACUUCCUUCGCGUCUGGGUAACGACCAAGCCCCUUAUGGAGGAUAUCCCCCGCCACCACAACUUCCACCGAAAGACCCAAGUGCAGGAUAUGGCAAUUAUGGCGGUUAUCCACCAGCAUCGCCAGCUGCUCACUCUCCUUAUGGAGGUUAUCCGCCACAAUAAAAAACGAAAGGAAGAUAUCGUAUCUUGUCUAUCAUUUUAUUCGUGAUGAAUUGGAUGGAUGUCUAUAGAUGAAAUAGGAAAGGCAUAAGACGGUAAAAAAAAAAAUAGG